ACAUAAAGCCAUACCCAGAGAGAGAAAAAAAGAGAUACAAAAGAGAGAGAGAGAGAGGAGAGAGAGAGAGAGAGGGAGAGAAAAGGAAAGAAAGAAAGAGAAAGUGAUUUUUAAAAUCAGGAAUUUUAUGGCAAUUGCAGCUGCAGCAAGAAGCAGUUCAGCAAGGAUGAGGCAAGAAGAAAUUAGCAGCAACAAAACCAACAACAACAACAACAACUGCGAAGAUCACGACGAUAUCGAUCAUGAUCAACAUGAACACGACGUCGUUAUGCCUGGCUUCCGCUUCCACCCUACUGAAGAAGAACUCGUUGAAUUCUACCUUCGCCGUAAGGUCGAGGGCAAACGCUUUAAUGUCGAGCUCAUCACUUUUCUUGAUCUUUAUCGCUACGACCCUUGGGAGCUUCCUGCUUUGGCUGCCAUCGGAGAGAAGGAAUGGUUCUUCUAUGUCCCUCGCGAUCGUAAAUACCGUAACGGUGACCGUCCCAAUCGUGUUACUACCUCCGGCUAUUGGAAGGCCACCGGUGCCGAUCGCAUGAUUCGUACCGAGGAUUUUCGUUCUAUUGGCCUUAAGAAAACCCUAGUUUUUUACUCCGGCAAGGCUCCUAAGGGUAUUCGUACUAGUUGGAUUAUGAACGAGUAUCGCUUGCCCCAUCAUGAGACCGAACGAUAUCAAAAGGCGGAGAUUUCGUUGUGUCGGGUAUACAAAAGAGCCGGAGUCGAAGAUCACCCUUCACUCCCUCGCUCUCUCCCGUCAAGAGCAUCGUCUUCCCGAAUGACAAGCUCGAAGAAUAAUCUUCUUCCGGGUGGUGGCUCAGUUAAUGUCGUCCAAACUUCAUCCUCAUCCACGGAUAAAUUUCCGACGAGCUUCGAGUCGCAAUUCCACCCUCACCAACUUCAAAUUGGCUCUGGAGUUGAAGCUACCGCAGCCGACGCCUCCGCCACCAGCUCUUGUGAAGAAGUUACAACUGUUCUUGGCCUCUCCAAACAAAACCCUUUUCCCACUUCUCCAUUAAUCAACAUGGCUGCUACUUCUUCUCUUCAAAUUCCAGCUUCAGCUUCUACUACUCCCAAUUGCAUGGAAGAAGAUGAUCACCAAUCCAUUAUUCUUCAUAAACAACAACAACAACAACAGCAACAAUUAUUACCUUCUUCUUCUUCACUUAUUUUGCCAACUUACACCUCUUUCUUCUCUCCUUCUUCCAAUAAUUCCCUUGAUGACCUACAGAAACUCAUUCACUAUCAACAACAACAACCACCGCUAUCUGCUUCGCCCACCACCAUCAUAAACUCUUUACCUUCGCAAUAUUACCAACCGACACCACCACCUCCUCCGCAACAACUCGCCCUCAACACGCUACCAGUUGUAUUCUCCGACAGACUUUGGGACUGGAAUUCGAUCCAAGACGCAGCCAAUCCCUUCAAGUAAAUUGUCAACAAAUGAAAAACUCAAACCUUAACGUACGCAAAUUUAGCUAUAUUCAGGUUGGCAAUAUCUUAUGCUUAGUACUCAUCAUGACAUAUAUGAUUGAAGAAUAACGUCCCCUUGUUACUACCUCAAAACUACUUCAAUGUCCAUUUUUUUCUUUUAAUCUAUUGAGCUGCAUGAUAUCAUGUGAACAUAUAUAUAUAACUAAUCUGAGAAAUAUUAUAUAAUUAUAGUUAGUUUAUUGCAUAGUAUAUGUAGGAGGAUUUUCAUUAUAUAUUAAAAUAAUUAGUUUAGGGACGUUUUAUAUUUGCAAGAGAUCCAAAGGGGAUCUUGUUGGUUGUAACUUGUUGAAGUGUUAUCAUAUCUCGAUAUCAAUGAUAAUAGAAUGUUUCUUCUUCCCAAGUUUUUC